CCUCUCCCCUCCGUCAGAGAGGCUAAAACGUCCACAGGACACUCCGUCUAUCCCUGUCUCUAUUCUAGAACCACUCUUCUAGCAUCAAUGCACACCUCUUGACAACUAUUCUGAGACACACACUCCCCCCCACACACACACACCCCUAUGUCUCUACGACAGGCGGCUAGUGGAGGCAAGCAAAGCCGAGUUUAUGUUUGACUGCCUGCGAGCCAACUCCAGAUCGCUCGUAGAUUAGAAACAGAUCUAUCGGUGGAUUCCUCUGUCGACUUUUUAAACUGUUUGUCUUCCAACUGAUUGGCUCAGUGAGACAACGUUUAGGUCAGCCCAGCUAGCUGACUGCCAAAGGGAAAUCACUUUUUUUUUUUUUUGCAUCUGAAACAGUGCAAAAAGAUCACUUAGACUUUUAAAAGGUACAAGCUUUUUCCAGAUUCACCCCAACAACUUUUUUCCCAAGAACAUUUUCCGUUCCGAGGAUCGUCCAGUGAACGGCCAGCAUGUGGGAGUUCCGGUCCAUGGCGUUUUGGCGGGCGGUCUUCGCUGAGUUCUUCGGUACCAUGUUCUUUGUGUUUUUCGGCAUAGGCGCUGCGCUGCGCUGGACCACUGGGCCUCACCACAUCCUGCACGUAGCUCUGUGCUUCGGCUUGGCGGCUGCCACCAUCAUCCAGUCCAUCGGCCACAUCAGCGGCGGCCACAUUAACCCGGCCGUCACCUUCGCCUAUCUGGUAGGCUCCCAGAUGUCCCUGUUCCGCGCUUUUUUCUACUGGGCUGCCCAAUUUCUGGGGGCCGUGGCCGGGGCCGCCGUGCUCUAUGGGGUCACCCCAAAAAACAUGAGGGGCAACAUGGCUCUCAACAUGCUGCAGCCUGGCAUCAGCCUGGGCAUGGGCACCACAGUGGAGGUGUUUCUGACCAUGCAGCUGGUGAUUUGUAUCUUUGCUGUGACGGAUGAGAGGAGGAACGGACGCAUGGGCUCUGCUGCCCUGUCCAUCGGCUUCGCUGUCACAGUCGGACACCUCAUGGGGAUGUACUACACUGGUGCUGGAAUGAACCCUGCUAGAUCUUUCGCCCCUGCUGUGCUCUUCAGGAACUUUGUCAACCACUGGGUGUACUGGGUGGGCCCCAUGAUAGGAGGUGCUAUGGGCGCUCUUCUGUACGAUUUCAUGCUGUUUCCCCGCAUGCGUGGUCUGUCUGAGCGCCUGGCCACACUGAAGGGCAGCCGACCCCCCGAGACGGAGACCCAGCAGGACACCCGCGGGGAGCCCAUCGAGCUCAAGACACAAGCCCUAUAAGCCUGUCCCUAUCUGGGGAUGGGAAUGAGGGACAGGCCCUGUUUCGACCAACCCCCAUGCUACCCCCAACCCGUCAACACACACACACACUCACUCACACAGACUCACUAACUAACACACAGACACACACACUCACAUUGAGACACACUGACUAAACAUGCAGAUUCAGACGUGUAUUUAUACACAAACUGUACACACACAUACACAGACAGGUUCACAACCUUCAACCUCAACAUGCAACGAGACUUCUCUCCCUCCAACCUCACUCUGUAUACUGAAUUGGACAUUGUGUUUGAUAGAGGCGAACAGGGAGGGCCUGCUCCAACAGUCCCACUAACCCCCC